CAAAUUGCCAUUCCGUCUUCCCUAAUCUGAUCUCCGCUAUCCGUUCCUUCUACUUCCCCCAACAAAACUCUCUUCUCACUUCUCACUUCUCACUCAGCUCUUCGUCCAUUUCUCAACCUUUUGCUAAACCCUCCUCCAUUCUCUACCCAAAUGGCUUCCAUUAACUUUAACCCCUUUGACAACUGGUUCAAGAAACCUCCAAACCCCAUCGCUCCCAUCAACUUUCUAUCCUUCCCCGAAUCGUUUGUACCCACCAUCCCAAACCCCACGAGUUUCGCCGCAAUCAGCCUCCCGAACCCCUUUAGAGGAAAACCCAAAAAUCCGCAAGAUCAAAAACCGAAAGAACCCGGCUUCUACCGCCAAAUGCUGGAUUAUUUCUACUGGGAAUGCGAGAACUUACCUGAUUACAGACACACCCCCGAGGUCGAGAAGAUCCUGAACGAGGAUCCAAUCUUCGAGAAGAAGGAGAACCCCACGGAAGCGGAGCUGAAAGAGAACGAGGAGUUCUGGGCCCGGUUCAGGGCCAGCCCUGUCGUGCAGUUCCUGGCUCGAGCCGAAGAGAUUACAGAUAAGAUCAACGAGUUGGAGCUGAAAGAGAAUGAUACUCCGUAUCGCAGGGAGGAUAAGAAGCUGUGGCAAGCGUUGCCUCAUGUGCCAGGGUUGGACGGCCGGCCUAUGCCGAGGAAAGCGAUAAAGACGAAGAAGGAAUCGGACGACAAGUUUUGGGACUUUAUGAAGCAGUUCCUUUUUGGGCUUUGGGGCUUUAGGCAGAGACCCUAUCCGCCGGGCCGGCCAAUUGAUGUGUCUCAGGCCAUCGGGUACAAGCGCCUCGAGAAGCGGUACUAUGAUUUUAUCAUGAGGAGUGGUGGAUGGUACUAUAAGGAUCGGUUGGGUCGUACUCGGGGACCAUGCGAGCUGAUAACGCUUAAAACAGCUUGGGGUGGUGGGAUUAUUGAUAAGCACACUUUCAUUUGGGGUGAAGACAUGGAUGAAUGGGCACCAAUACACAUGGUUUAUGGCUUGGAACCUGCAAUUGCCACUUGGGAAGUUAGACUUGGUGCUGCCGCAACAGCUUUUCUCCACAAACUACAGAAUGGCAUACCUCCUUGGGUUCCUCUCAAAGGACAUGAGAAGAAAACCUAUAAGCAGCUCCAAGAAGAGGCUCUAGAGAGUAAGAGACGCGACUUGGCGGUACUGAAAGCUAAUGAUGGUUUUUGGCCAGGGGUUAAAAUUCCUAGUCAUGCCCUAUUUCUUUGGGCUAGUGGAUCUGAACUGACUACAAUUAUGGAGCAGGACCACAUGCCAAACAAAUUCAUACCAAAACAUCUUAGGUACCAAUUGGCUAAAAUUAUUCCCGGGUUAAGGCCAUGGGAGGUUUUAAGUAUAGAACAAGCAAUGGAUCAGAUAACAUAUGGCGGGGAGUGGUAUCGUGAACCUCUUGGUUCAUACACAACAGGUCCUCCAUACAUCAGGCAUUGGAAUAAGGAUUGCAAGAGGCUGUAUAAAACUUUCAUCAACCUUAGCACCCAAGUUUACAAGAAGUUGGAUCGGACACUCCCUGGUUUCCGUACUAUAAUGGAGAAAGUCCGGGCUGAUUCUGAUGCAAGGGCUGCCAGAAGAGAAAUAGCAAGGAGGGAGGUGCUGAAGAGAGUUGCGUUGGAGAAAGAAUUGGGUGAUCAAGUUGAAGAUGACCCAUAGCAUCAUAAAUAUCUAGUUUUCCAGGAUGUGGCAACUUGGUCAUGUUAUGUUCUGAUUAGUCCUCUUUCUGCUGUAAACAGAUAUGUUUUUCAUUUUUUCUGUCUCGUAAUACUAGUGUUCAAUAUAAUUCGCCUUGGACACUCGGAUUGAGUACUAAUUUCUGUUUGCAUGGGAGAUUACAAAAUCAGAUGUAAAAUGGAUAUUUCUGCCCAAGUUUCUUUAUUAUUAGUUUUAGUUAUCCA